AUGGAAUUUACUUUGCCAGUUCAUGACGAUCGUCACAUAAAGAGGCCGUUGAACUCCUUCAUGGUAUGGGCCAAGGAACGAAGAAGAGAGAUGAACAGAGAUAACCCAAAAAUGCGCAACGCUGAGAUUAGCAAAAUCCUUGGAGAAGAGUGGAGGCAGUUGUCGGACGAAGUAAAGAAGCCUUUCGUUGAAGAAGCAAUACGGCUUAGGCGUCAACACAAGCUCGAUCAUCCAAACUACAGGUACAGGCCACGACGAAAGAACCGCCUGGAAGCCAACGGAGAAAUUGUGCAACGUGAAGGAUGCCGCCAACCGUUGGCUCUCUACCCGAGCGCAGGAGCCACUUCGUCUGGAUUUCUUGCCCAUUCCCUGCAUCAAGACUACAAAUCAGCAAUGUUUCCUCCCCGGUUUGCCCAUCACGACAAGCCAAGCUACCUGAGCGAACACACUUCAAAGCCAGGUAACGCUUCGACGGGUUACAUGGCACCUUUUCCAGUACGGCCUUCCGAUGUCCCGUCUUGGAAUGGGUAUCUGUCACCGGCAACAUCACCUUAUUACUUUGAUCCACCCCGAUUCACCAUGUCUUAUGAAAGUCCUGUGCGAGCAAUCCAUCCAGGGAGGAUAUCACCUGUUAAAGAUAAGCUCCCAAGUCCGAACAACCCGGGCAUCACAGGAAAUCAUUCGACUACCUGGCCGUACUUUGCCCUCAAGGCAGAACUGCAAUACGUCUAA